AACAACUGUAGGGAAUAAACUACUAAAUGUAAAUCCUCGAUUGCUUUCGUUUUUUGGCUGUUUAUAAUACCUGGAAAUAUGUGUUUUGAUAGAAAUACCAAUGUUAUCUUUAAUUUGUCAAAUAAAAAAAUGUUUUAAAAAAUCUUAGCGUCCAUCUUUGUCUUUGACAUUGAAUAGCUUUCAUUAGGAGACGUGGCAACAGCGUUUAUUUAGAAAAUAUUUGAGCGAAAGAUUUUAGCUUAAAAAUAUUUAUUGUAAAAAAUGGCUACAUCACCUCCUAUACGUACCAAUUUUCAUCCAUCAAAGAAGCAUGGUGACGUAGAAAGAUGGAUUUGCAUUUAUCCGGCCUACAUAAAUAGUAAAAAAUCUCGUCAGGAAGGUCGGCGCUUGGCUAAAGAGGAAUGUGUCGAAAAUCCAACGUGUGCAGAAAUAAGAGACGUGCUCUCGGUUACUAAUUUAAGGGUUGGAGUAGAAAAUAAGGAGUACAGUAGAGAGAGGAGCAGAGAACCGCAAUACCGCGGUAGAAUACGCGUUCAAAUGCGUAAUGAUGAUGGGUCAUUUUGCAAUCCUGAAUUUGGAAGUCGUGAAGCGGUUUUGUUAUAUGUAUCCAAAAAAAUACCGCAAUUGAAAUCACGUCAAGUUAAGUCCGGUGCUGAAUGUUAUCAGCAUUCCCAGCAGAAUCAUCAGUCAAAUCCGGGCGGAGGGGGCGGCAAAAAGGGCAAAGGCAAACGUCGUUAAAAUAAAACUAACUCUUAAAAAUGCAUAUUUAUGCAAAAUAUAUACAUAAAGCAAAA